AUGGCAAUCACCAAAAAGAAUCUAGCAUAUGUUCUCACCAUUAUGCUCGUAGUAUCUUAUGUUCAUUGUCGUUCAACAUCUGAUAACAUUUCAGGUUUUGGAAUUAAAAAGAAUGACAAGAUGUGCUUCAAAUCAAGUGAGUGUAUGCAACCCGACAUGGAGGAGUCAGGGGACAAAGUUUGCAUUGCAUUUUGUAAGAGGAUGAAUUUUAAAUCAGGCUCGUGUGAAUCUUAUGGUAGUCCAUGUUGUUGUUUCUCUGAAUAA